AUGGCUCCCCCCAAUGCCGAGUAUGCGCUCCCCGCGUCUCACAAGGAGAUGCUCGAGAAGUCUCUUCUCGACUCCGACCCCGAGGUCGCCUCCAUCAUGAAGGAUGAGAUCAAGCGCCAGCGCGAGUCCAUUGUCCUCAUCGCCUCUGAGAACAUCACUUCCCGUGCCGUUUUCGAUGCUCUUGGUUCCCCCAUGUCCAACAAGUACUCUGAGGGCUACCCCGGCGCUCGCUACUACGGCGGCAACCAGCACAUCGACCAGAUCGAGCUGCUGUGCCAGCGCCGUGCCCUCGAGGCCUUCCACGUCGACUCCGAGAAGUGGGGUGUCAAUGUUCAGUGCCUCUCCGGCAGCCCUGCCAACCUCCAGGUCUACCAGGCCAUCAUGCCCCCUCACGGUCGUCUCAUGGGUCUUGACCUCCCCCACGGUGGCCAUCUGAGCCACGGUUACCAGACCCCCCAGCGAAAGAUCUCUGCUGUCUCCACCUACUUCGAGACCAUGCCCUACCGUGUCGACCUCGAGACCGGCAUCAUUGACUAUGACACCCUCGAGAAGAACGCCCAGCUCUACCGCCCCAAGGUCCUCGUUGCUGGUACCUCUGCCUACUGCCGCCUCAUCGACUACGCCCGCAUGCGCAAGAUUGCCGACUCCGUUGGUGCUUACCUUGUUGUCGACAUGGCCCACAUCUCCGGUCUCGUUGCCGCCGAGGUCAUCCCCUCCCCCUUCCUCUACGCCGACAUUGUCACCACCACCACCCACAAGUCCCUCCGUGGCCCCCGUGGUGCCAUGAUCUUCUUCCGCAAGGGUGUCCGCUCUGUCAACCCCAAGACCGGUGUUGAGACCCCCUUCGACCUCGAGAACCCCAUCAACUUCUCCGUCUUCCCCGGUCACCAGGGCGGCCCCCACAACCACACCAUCACUGCCCUGGCUGUUGCCCUCAAGCAGGCUGCUACCCCCGAAUUCAAGGCCUACCAGGAGAAGGUUGUCUCCAACGCCAAGACCCUGGAGAACACCUUCAAGACCCUCGGCCACAAGCUUGUCUCUGACGGCACCGACAGCCACAUGGUCCUCAUGGACCUUCGCCAGCACAGCCUGGACGGUGCCCGUGUCGAGGCCGUCCUUGAGCAGAUCAACAUUGCCUGCAACAAGAACUCUAUUCCCGGUGACAAGAGCGCUCUUACUCCCUGCGGUAUCCGCAUUGGCACCCCCGCCAUGACCUCCCGUGGCUUCGGAGAGAAGGAGUUCGAGCGUGUCGGCCAGUACAUUGUCGACGCCAUCAAGAUCUGCAAGGACGUCCAGGCUUCUCUUCCCAAGGAGGCCAACAAGCUCAGGGACUUCAAGGCCAAGGUUUCUGGCGGUGAGGUUGAGAAGAUCAACGAGCUCCGCAAGGAGAUUGCCGCCUGGUGCAACACCUUCCCCCUCCCCGUUGAGGGCUGGCGCCUGGAUGCCGGCAUCUAA